UAACCGAAGAAGCUGCAUUUUAACUUUGAAACGCAACCCUGGAGCAACAACAGUCGAAUUGUGAAAGUUAUAUUAGCAGUAAUGUCUUUGGUAUCAACAAGAAUAUGAACGAUUAUGCUACUUGCGAAAAAGAGGACUGAAAUGGAAAACAACAUUUUGUAUGGUUAUUGAGCCUGAUUGGUCCAAGUCCCUGUUUGUUCCGGCCGGUGGACCCCACCUCUCAAAGUGUCGGUCAGCUCUGAGCGUGUGUCAGAAUGGGACAAUAGCGCUGGUCUCUGUCGGGCCUCACCCUUGUGUCCCCCCCGUCCUCCUCGCCCUUAACACAAACACACGGCCAGCCCCUGAACACUCCAACUGAAACCCCCCCACCCACAGUCCACUCCCAACCUCUUUCACCAGCCUGUCAGCGGGCUAGCCCAACCAUAGUCCUCUGUACCGGAACCGGGCCUACACGGCUGUUCCCUUUGUUGUCUCUGGCUGCUGUUUGUGCGGGGAGCUGGAGAACAGAAGGCAACACAGUAACACCCGGUCAGCUGUUUUACUGGAGACUGAUGAGCUGUAGUCAGGACACUGAUGGGAUUCUAGCAGAACCAUGUUGGCCUGGCAUUGCCACAACACGCCGUUCAUGAACCUGAGGUUCACCAGCAGACUUUGGAGAUCUCCACAUCUCCAUUUGUGGUGGGACAAGAGGUUGAAAUAGACAAAGUGAGCUUUUUUUUUGCUGGAUAAUUUUUUACCGGAGUUGUUUUGGGAGUUCCAACAGCAGAUCCGAAGUGCCUUCUCGUUUUCACACUGUCCUUUUACUAUAAAAUUUGACCGAUAUUCACAUCACUCUUUUCAAAAGGAUUCUGUUAAUAACCUCUGAAUGAAACAUUCCAGCGUGUCUCAGUGUGGAUUUUGCUAAUUUCCACAUGCAUCCAUAUCCAUUGCCUGUUCUACUUUGCCAUAUGAUUCCCCGUUGUUUACAGUAGAAACCUAUUGGCUUAUAGGUCAGCCCGUGUCAGAGUAGUUCUGUCACAGUGCAUCUCCAAAUUGUAGGCCGCUUGGACCAACAGAGCGGUGCUAAUCGCUGGACUGCUGUCAGAGUUCCUCGUUGUGACAUAUUCGCCAUGGCGACAUGGCUACAGUCAAAAUGGCGCUACCUGUUCAUGUUACUGGGCGUCCAGCUGGUCGUAAUGGCGUUGCUGUCCCGGGAAGGCUACCACAAGCGAGUGUCGUACUUCAUCCGGAUUUUCCGCAAGCAGGAGACCACGGCGCCCGGCUCUGCCCAUGCACGGAACCACACGGGCAGCGACGUCUACGCUAACCUAUCCCUUCUGGCCAAGGCUCAGAGCCGGGGAGAGGACAUGCCCUUCUGCCCCAAGACGUCCCCACUGAUAGGUGGACCGAUCCAUGUCACCUUCCCCUCAGGCUUGACCCUUAAGGAAGUGGAGCGGAAAAACCCUCUGGUAGUCCGUGGAGGGCGCUACAGGCCGCCUAACUGUGAGGCGCGACACCGCACCGCCAUCAUCAUUCCCCACAGAAACCGGGAACACCAUCUGAAGUUCCUCCUGUACUACCUUCACCCUUUCCUUCAGCGACAGCAGCUGAACUAUGGCAUCUACGUCAUCCACCAGGCAGGUAACUACACUUUUAACCGGGCCAAGCUAAUGAAUGUGGGCUUCAGAGAGGCCAUGAGGGAAGAGGACUGGGACUGCCUGUUUUUCCAUGACGUGGACCUCAUCCCUGAGGACGACCGCAACACCUACAUGUGUGACAGCAACCCCAAACACGCCGCCAUCGCCAUGGACAAGUUUGGAUACAAGCUGCCAUACAAGAUGUACUUUGGCGGGGUGUCAGCGUUGUCUCCACUGCACUACCUGAAGAUGAACGGCUUCCCCAACAACUACUGGGGCUGGGGAGGGGAGGACGAUGACAUCGGAGUCAGAGUGUCUCUCGGAGGGAUGUUAAUUUCUCGUCCUUCGCUGAAGGUUGGCCGUUACAAGAUGAUCAAACACAAGCUGGACAAGGGCAAUGAUGUUAACCCCAGGAGGUUCAACAUGCUGGCGAAGACACGGCAGACGUGGAAACUGGAUGGCAUGAACACAGUGGAAUACGAUGUGCUGUCCCGCGACCACCUCCCCCUCUACACCAACAUCACGGUGCACAUCGGCACGGAGGCUGGCCUGCACGUCUUGCCGACACCCCUCAAGAAGCCUGUCAACGCCCCAGCCAAGCAGGUGGUCAAAGGCCCCGUCAAACUACCAGCCAAGCUUCAGGAAGAACAACCACAGAACCAACAGGGCCGACCAACGAAACACUGAAUUGGACCACCUUUUACCCGCAUCCACUCUCAAACCCCCCCCCCCCCCCAUCGGACCCUCCCGACUCACGCCGGGGAGCUGGGACAUGACGGGGCCCGGGGCCCUUAAAGCGCUCCCUUCUGUCUGCCUUCAGUUUUUAACAAAACCUCCUAACAAUGCCUACAACAAAGCGAGGUUUGGUGUGUCCCUGUGGUGGACUAGAGGCCAUUAUACACGCAUGCCUUUUUCUUCUGUUCCCUCCUGUGACCUGUACAGCAUUAUCAGCAUCAACUUUAUCAGUUGCGUAAACUGAAGACCAACGUGCGCCGCAGUGGAGAUAGACUAUGGGCUGAGGUGUUGGUCGGGGCCCUGAAACAGAGAACAUGGGCUGUAUGAAACCAAGGAGGCCAGGAGUAGUACAGGGGAUACAAUACUUUCCACUGUCUGUUUGAUUGAUAGACUGUAGCAUUCUCCACUCUUGCUGUGUGAUUCUGGAUUUUCUCUAACUAUGUCGCCGGUCCGCUAACUUUGACUCCUGAAUUUAUAGUAGAGGAGAGACAGAAGUGUGAUUAAAAUACUUUAUAUAUCUACAGCGUCAGGGUCGCUGAAAAAAACCCAGUUGCCUUAGAAAACCCAUCUUGUUUCAAUUUUAUUUUCACUUUCACCUUACUUUUUAGUUAAAUUUCAGGUCAGUGGGAAUGAAUGAUACUACUUUCCACUGAUAACAAGACUAGGAGAUAUAUUUCAUAAAUCUACUUUUUAAGCCACUGAUAAUACAUAGGUGUGUGUAUAUAUAUAUAACUCUGAUUUUAAUUUUUUAGGUUACAGUGCUAAUAUCAUAGGAAGUGAAGCUGCUACUCUUGAGUACUGACAUGGAAAACUAUAGUGUGAAAUAAGAAAGGUAGUGAUUCUACAAGAGAUUCCUUUAUAUGAAUUUCAUGCUUGUUUUAAUACAAUCAGUCUGUUAGGUCCUGUAAGCUUCUCCUUUAAUAUCUAGAUUGUGUUAUUGUGGGGUUGCAUUUUGCCUUUUAAAAUAGAAUAGGUAUGGGGGGAAAUUAUCAAAUGCACUGCCUUCAGGUGGACUGGUUGUAUUCAAGUCUUUGCCAUUUUGUCACUGUUGUUUUUUUGUUGUUGUUAAUGGUUGUUACCAUAGUUAUUUUGUUUCAGUGUCUGAAACCAAGGGAUUCAAUUCAAGUCCUGGUGUGCUCUCCAUAGUCAGUAAUCUCUAGAUUUGUUGAAAGAUGUAAAGAACAAAGGGGAAAAAAACAAGAACUGAAACCCAAGAGCUUUUUUCAUAGCGAACCAGAAACCACUAUAAAUAUUGAGUAAGUAUGAAAUAGGCCUCCAUGACGGCCUGGAGAAUGACUGUGUUGGAGGACACUCCUUGGCUGUAGCCAUUCUGCCGAAGCACUGAUGCAGAGAUCGAUAUAGGUAUGCUGGGUUGGCAUUAGCUGCAUUUCCCCACUAGCACAAAGUUCCAGUUCUUUGUCAUCAAUAGUUUGCUAAACUGUGACUCCUCAAAUCCAGACAGUGCCAUGUCCUCCCCGCUCCAUGGUCCUGUGACUUUCCUCUCUGCACAUUGCACACUGCCUAGGCCCCCUGACCGAUACGAUUGUUUACUCCAGAUCAUUGAACCUCUGUGUGCUUCAUACAGAGGACCCAGGCUUCUUGGCUGAAACCAAAGAUGGCUUAGAGAGGAAGCACCGGACUGCUGGCGUUUUUUUGCCGACAUUAGGAUGGAUGGGCCUUCCACUCACUCCAGACGCGCUUGUAUGCGUGCGUGCGUGUAUGCGUGCCCGCCAGCUGAUGAUCGAGCAGUAGCCUGGUUGGCUAUGUAGGCUAUUUACCAGUUGUACUACAUAGGAAGUGUGAUGAUGCAUGCCUGUGUUAAAUAAGCUGGAUGUAUAGUGAACCACACCGAGACCACUAGGACAUGAAUUCACUUUUCAUUGAAUUGAAGCAUGCUACAGUGUAUGUUUAUUUAGAGAUUUAUUAGACACCUGCUAUAUGCACCAUGUAGCUUUUUAACACUUCAGAUUUAUCAUAUCAGGUUUAUCAUAUCAUGGUAUAUUAUCAUGUCUGUAUGAGUGAUCUUCAGUUGGCUUCUGUCUUUCUCCAUUACGAUGUGGGUAAGGUCCGGUGUGCUGGCGUCAGAAGACAAAGUUCACCGCAGGGUAGUGAAAAUGUGACUAAGGACAAUGUGACUCAAUGACGUCUGCACAGUUCAGAGUGGCCUUAUAUGAUGACUAAUAAACAAAAUGAUUA